AUGGAUUCGAGUAUGAGGGCGGGGAUGGAGAGCGGGGAAGGGGAUAGUAUUGUCAUCCCUAACCACAACAUGUCGAAGGUCUUCACCUUCACUCAACUUGCAAAAGGCAGUUACUUACCUUGCCUCUCGAAGGCACGUACACCUACUGAAAGCCCACGCCUUCACACAUCAUCUACCACUUCACAUCUAUCUAAGUUGAACCCAAUUUCGACAUCAAUAGUUUGGUGCCACUACGAGGAGACCUUUGCCCCAGUAGCCAAGAUGAGCACUAUUAGUGUCCUAUUAUCUCUAGCAGCAAAUCUCGAUUGGCCACUACAUCAGUUUGAUGUCAAAAAUGCAUUCUUACAUGGAGACUUGGAAGAAGAAGUAUAUAUGGACUUACCCUCAGGAUGUAAUUCAACUCCUGACAAGAAAAAUCAAGUUUGCAAGCUCAGAAAGUCAUUAUAUGGGUUAAAGCAAUCUCCCAGGGCAUGGUUUGGCAGAUUGACUAAAUCUAUGAAGAAUUUUGGAUAUACACAGAGUCAUUCAGAUCACACCCUGUUCUUGAAGUGUGAUGAAGGAAAACUUACUACAUUGAUUGUUUAUGUAAAUGACAUAAUCAUAAUUGGAAACGACACAAAAAAGAAACUGAAGUUGCAAAAGUAUUUGUCUCAGGAAUUUGAGAUGAAGGAUUUAGGUGAUCUGAAGCACUUUCUCGGAAUCGAAGUAGCAAGGUCAAAAACUAGUAUAUUUUUGUCUCAAAGGAAGUAUGUAAUGGAUCUACUCACUGAAACAGAAAUGCUUGGAUAUAAGCCUGCUGACACACCCAUUGAGAUGAAUCACAAGUUGUGUGAAGACACGGACCAAGAACCAACCAAUAAGGAACAAUACCAACGCCUUGUUGGAAGGUUGAUAUAUCUGGCGAACACAAGACCAUAUAUUGCAUAUGUUGUGAGUGUGGUUAGUCAGUUUAUGCAUUCGACCAAUAUUUCUCAUAGGAAUGCAAUUGAUCGAAUAUUAAGAUACUUAAAGUCAGCACCUAGGAAAGGAUUAAUGUUCUCAAAAAAUGGAGAUUUUGAAGUUGUUGGAUAUACAGAUGCUGAUUGGGCUGGUUCCAUUACAGAUAGACGCUCUACUUCUAGUUACUUUACAUUCGUGAGAGGUAACCUAGUCACUUGGCGAAGUAAAAAGCAAAAUGUGGUUUCUCGGUCUAGUGUAGAAGCAGAGUAUUGA